AUGUUCAGACACGGCCUCCGCCGGUGCGCCGGCCUGGCAAGCGCCGCGUCCAUGUCGGUGCUCCCGCGCAGCCGCGCCCUCGUGCCCGUCGCGCGACAGGGCGUCGCAUCGCUGGGCCGCUCCAACACGCCGCUGAGGAGCGUUGCGCAGAUUGCGCGCAUGUACAGCAGCGAGGCGGCGGUCGCAGAGACCCAGGCUGUCGACGGCGACGCCGCUGCCGUCGCCGGUGCCCCUAAAGAUGCGACUCAGUUCUCCGACCUCAGGCAGCUCGGCGUCCACGACAACUUGCUGAGGGCCAUCGUCGACGAUAUGGGAUACGAAGACAUGACGCCUGUGCAGGCAAAGACCAUCAACCCCGCCCUCAAGGGCACCGACAUUGUAGCUCAGGCCAAGACCGGUACCGGCAAGACGCUUGCCUUCCUCCUGCCGAUGCUCCAGCGCAUGAUUGAAGAAGAUCCGUCGCUGGCCUCGAGACGAGCAAUGCGCGCCGCCCGCUCCAACGACAUUCGAGGCAUCGUUCUGUCGCCGACUCGCGAACUCGCCGAACAAAUCGCCACUGAAGCCAAGCGCCUCGUGCGACACACCGGACUUGUCGUUCAGUCUGCCGUCGGAGGAACCCACAAGGGUUCCAUGCUCCGCCAGACGCAGCGCCAGGGCUGCCACCUCAUGGUUGCCACCCCUGGUCGCCUCAACGAUCUGCUGCAGGACCCGGCCAGCGGCAUUGAGGCCCCGAACCUGGCUGCUCUCGUGCUCGACGAGGCCGACCGUAUGCUGGACGUCGGCUUCGAGAAGGAGCUGGGAGAGAUCACGCGUUGCCUCCCGAACAAGGAUGAAAAGGUUCGCCAAACCAUGCUGGUCUCCGCUACCAUUCCCGACGAUGUCAUCCGCCUGGCACGCUCCAUGGUCCGACCGCAAGACUUCGAAUUCGUGCAGACCAUUGCCGAAAACGAGUCUCUUACCCACGACCGAGUGCCGCAGCACAUCGUGCCCGUUUCCUCGUGGAGCAACGUCUUCCCCAGCCUGUUCGAGCUCAUCGACCGCGAAUCCGCCAAGACCCGAGAGGAUCGAAGCCUGAAGCCUUUCAAGGCCAUUGUCUACUUCAACACCACCGCGCUCGUUGAGCUCGGCAGCGAGCUCGGCUUCCAGCGGAGGCGCAACAACCUGAUGCGGAUCCCGACCUUCUCGAUCCAGUCUCAGCUCUCCCAGAACCAAAGAACCAAGGCUGCGGACAUGUUCCGCAACGCGCGAUCCGCCGUCCUCUUCUCCUCCGAUGUUACCGCUCGCGGCAUGGACUUCCCCGAUGUCACCCACGUUAUUCAGGUCGACACGCCACGUGACCGUGAGUCGUACAUUCACCGACUCGGCCGCACCGGCAGACAGAACAAGGAGGGCGAGGGCUGGCUCCUGAUGCCGCCGAUGUCGCUGAGCAGUGCGCGAAAGCUCCUACGAGGACUUCCGCUGCAGCAGAACAAGUCUCUCGAGAGCGCAGAGGUCGACAUCGAAUCCGGAGAGCUUCCCAAGUUUCACCAGGAGGCGCUGGAUCUCUCACAGUCCAUUCACAAGAGGAUCCUGGGAUCCGCCUACACGUCCAUCUUUGGCGGCCAAGUCAGCCACAGAGAGGACCUCGUUGAUGACUUGAAUCUCUGGGCCACUCAGGGCUGGGGCUGGGCUGAGCCGCCGCCAGUCUCCUCGUCCUGGGCACGCAACCAGGGCCUUCUCCGGUCCAACCUGAAUAUCCAGGACCGAGGUCGACGUGACGACCGCGACGACGACGACCGGGGCGACCGCCGCGGCUCGAGGCGCUCCGGGUCGCGCUUCUCGGACGACAGGAAAUCGUCUGAUCCGUUCGCCGAGAUGGGACGCCGCGCAAAGCGCGACAGCCCUGGCUCGGGCCGUGGCUUCGGCCGCCCCAAGUGGUAA